GGGAAUUUGUUGUUGCUAGGUCGGGAGUGCGCAUGCGAAUUGUAUUUUCACGCUCCCCGGAAGUCCACAGUGCGCAUGCCUCUGGAACAUCGCAGUCGGCGCCCUAUGGCGAUCACAAUAAGACGCAUGCGCAUUGAGUACAAAUCGACGUGGAAGUGCCCAGGGCGCCUGGGCGGCUAUACUGAAGGACUCAAUCACUGCGCCUGCGCGGUCCGCCAUUUGCCUGUCUGGGCCUGCGCGCGCGGCGCCCCGGAAGUGCUCGCUGCGGUCCGGCAGGUGGCUUCCGGCCAGCUCAGCGCGCGGCGGGGCCAUGUCGGGCGCGGCGGCGGCCGGCGGCGGCUCGGUGGGCUCCGUGGUGCGGCGCUUCCUGGCCGAGUACAGCAGCGGCACCGCCAGCCGCCUCAAGGUGCUGGACGCGUAUCUGCUCUACGUGCUGCUGAGCGGCGCGCUGCAGUUCGGCUACUGCCUGGGCGUGGGCACCUUCCCCUUCAACUCCUUCCUCAGCGGCUUCAUCUCCGCCGUGGGCAGCUUCAUCCUGGGCGUUUGCCUGCGGAUCCAGAUCAACCCACAGAACAAAGGUGACUUCCAGGGCAUCUCGCCAGAGCGGGCCUUCGCCGACUUCCUCUUCGCCAGCACCAUCCUGCACCUCGUCGUCAUCAACUUCGUGGGCUGAGCCAGGGGACCAUUAGGUCCUGACUACCUCUCAUGGUCGGCUGAUGCCAUGCCCAGGGGACAGAUGUGCCAGCCCCCCAUGGACAUGGGUCCUGCCCCUCAUGGGGAAGGGCUGCAGCAGUGCAAACUGAUGAGGCCUCUUGAGAAGAUGGCAGCCUCUUCCCCCCACCGCUUGUGACCCUCUCCCCCAAUAAACCCCAUUGUUCUGGG